AUGGUUCGCACGCCUAUUACCAUCGACAAGGGUCAUACUACCACACCCUUAAAUUCCCCACCAGUUCCUUUGGUGUCGCCCAGCAAAAACACCCCUUCACCUCCCACCAAGUCGCCUCGUAGCCCCGUCAACCAGCAUUGGGUUCAGGCGCAGCAGCGAAAAAUAUUCAUCCAACAUUUGAAACAAUGGUCCAUGGGCCACGAUUCAAGCGCGCAUUUCCAGGGGAAGCUCAGUUUAUUGCCUCCCGAUCCGCGUAGGAGAGAGGAUUUGGAUUUGGGUAAGAGCGUGCAGUGCGUGCUUACAGAUUCGAACUUCAAGAACUGUAGGAAGAAGAUCGUUGUCAGACUUUUUAGCCCGCAAAUGGGUAAGAGGAAGAGUAAGAAAGCUAGUAUGAUAAGGCAGGCGCAAAGAGGUGAUAUGGACCCUUUUGAAAGUAGAGAAGCGUUUACAGAGUGGGAAGAGGGCACGUGUCCAUUCACAUUCACUGAAGACGACAUGGCCCAGCCAACUUCGCAGGUCAAAUCCAUUCCUCCGAGCAACUAUUAUAAACUCGUUGUCCGCUGCGGUUCGGGCUGGCUCUCUGCCCGUGAAUAUCUCAACAAUCUCUACUUCACGCGUCUUGCAAUCAAAAAUACCAGCCUCAGUGCCAGCACCGUCUCAGGCAAAGCAGAGCGCGUAUUUCCUACGCACUCACAAGCUCUUGACCCCCAACCGGCUCCAGAAGACACAGUCAACAUUCAACCCUUAUUCCAUCCAUUCCUUCGUCUACCUCAAGAACUUCAAGAAAUGAUCUUGAUGACUGCCGCGGGACUGUCCCGAAAUUACGACCUUUUACCUGAAAUCAGCUACCGAUUGCCAUCGAAACACGCCAAAUCACCCAUCAGUUUCUCGACCCUCCUUCGCAUUUCUCCCACCAUCACAAGUACAAUGCAGCCGUACAUUCUCCAUCGAACCGCCUUCCACUUCGGACUCACAGGAACUACAAAUUUCUUGUGGCAAUUAGGACCAACCAAUCGCUCCCAUAUCCGGCGUCUCGCCUUCCACUUCGGACGCGGCGCGCUCCUGCAUUGCGUACGCUGGUUGGCACCAGAUCCAAUAUUUGACUUGCUGCAACCACCAGUGCAGAAGGACAUGGGUGGCCUUCCGUAUUUCUGGCGGUGCCAAUUGCGCACUUUGGCAAAGGAAUUGCAUCUAACAGAACUCAUUAUUGGCGUCCAAACUAUGCCUCAUGCCGAUAUUGCCAUGGUAGCGAGAAUAAUGAAGGAAUCGUUUGGAAGUGUUGAGAAAAUUUCUUUUGUAGAAAACUUUCUUGAUGGGACCACAAAGUUGCUUGAUAGUGCAGACCCGCGGCUGGAAGGCAUAGGAAAGGGAUCGUGGAGGGACAUGACGAGAGGAUAUGUGGAGAGAUAUAAGAGGCAGGUUGGAUGGCAUAACUAUCAUUUUGGGCUUGAGGUUGCGGGCAUGACAGAGAAGGAGUUGGAGAGAAAGAUGGAUGGAGAGAGUGAGUUUUUUAAUAGCUGA